GCACAGCCCGGAGGGCCGAAAUGCAACAUCAGUUAGAGAGAAAGAGAAAGAGAAGGAGAGAGAGAGAGCGAGAGCGAAAGAAAGAAGUAGUUUUCCCAUGAUAGAACACGAGCUGCUUUUCUCCCGCUGUAACUGAAAGGCGUGCGGACAGGGUCUAGGCUCUGGGAGUGAAUUAGAACUCUCCGCUAUAUCUAUUACCGGGUAACUGUCUCCCCGGGUUGGAGGGUGUACCACCAUCACAUACACACUCCCGGUCUCGGAAGUUUAAUUGAUUUAAGGACAACUGUAUUAAACAGCCAUCGGCUGCCUCCACGAGUCCGGAAGAACCACCUAGUUAGAAAUAGCAUACUACUUGCUGUCUGACGUCCUCUCUGUCGCUCCAUCUCUCUUUUCUUUCUCUUUCUAGCUCACACACGCGCGCGCACCUUCCUCUAUCACACACUAACACUGGAAAGUUUGAUUGCGUUGGCUCGUGGUCAAGAAGACAGCGUUUUUAACGGAAUCAGCCAGUCGAUGUCAGAGAGACCAUCCCUCUCCUGGCCCGGAACAGGGCACCCUCGAACCGUUUAACGGAUACCGGGACAGCCAGCGAGCAGGUUUUUGGCUCCGCAGCGGUUCCUGUUUCGCAUGGACAGCUGUUAUUAGCGGGGAACUUUCUUUCCAACUCUUGCUCCUUCCAGAGAGGAUGUUAACGUUAUCAGUCUAUUUCACAUGAAAACACCCCGUCAGAGUGUGUGUGUGAGUGCGUCUGUGCGUGCCUGUGUAACCUACUAUAUGUGUGUGUGGUUUCAAAUGAAGACCUGAGUUCGUGUGUGUGUUUCUGGGUUCGUGUGGCGCGGCUCUGGUUUUUGGAUUAUUAACCGGCGAGGAGCAGUGUUGGAGAUGUGUCUCUGUUUUACCGAUUUACCUAUUUAUUUAGCCGUUAACGGCUGAACCGGACUGCUCGCAUUCGACUCGUGACUUCAGGAUUACUGCUCUGGAACCUGCCAUGAUUCUGCUGAACCUUCUCAGCGUGCUGGUUCUGCUGGGGUCUGUGUGUGUGGUGUGUGUGUGGGGGCAUGGAUGGAGGGAGCCGCUGGACUGCGUGCGGGCGUUAGAGCUGUGUAACGGGGACAGCCAGUGCAGCUCCAGCUACAGGAUCAUGCGCCAGUGCCUGUCAGGUGGGGCGCGGGAUCGCCAGACCAUGCUGGCUGGCAGAGAGUGCCAGGGGGCCAUAGAGGUCCUACAGGACUCGUCGCUCUACGAUUGUCGCUGUAAGAGAGCCAUGAAGAAGGAAUUACAGUGUCUGCAGAACUACUGGAGUAUACACCAGGGCCUGACAGAGAGCGGAGAGGACUUCUAUGAGAUGUCACCCUAUGAGCUCCACGAAUUCUCAGAAGAGUUUAGACACGCCUCCAUCAUCUCAGACUCUUCUCUGUCCAAGGCCAGCCCAUGUUCUGAGCCAGGGAAACCCUGUAACCCAUGUCUCGAUGCAGCCAAGGCUUGCAACCUCAAUGAAACCUGCAAGAGACAACGCUCCAAUUACAUCGCUAUCUGCAACAAGCUCUCUCAGCCCUCACUUGCCAACCAGGAGCCUUGCAGCCGCAAACGAUGUCACAAGGCGCUGCGUCAGUUCUUUGAGCGUGUGCAGUGGGAGCUGAGUUACCCCCUGUUGUUCUGCUCGUGUUCGGACCAGGCCUGUGCUGAGAGACGUAGACAGACCAUUGUACCUGCCUGCUCCCACCAGGAGAAACACAGACCCUCCUGUCUAGAGCUACGACGCGCCUGCCGCUCCGAUGCACUCUGCAGAUCAAGACUGGCUGAUUUCCAUACGAACUGUCAGAUGACUGGUCACUCCAUCACCAGCUGUCCCCAUGAUAACUACCAUGGCUGCCUCAUGGCCUACGUAGGCCUUAUUGGGUCUGAUGUGACUCCUAACUACAUGGACAGCAGUCCCAGUAACAGCACCAUCUCUCCCUGGUGCUCCUGCAGAGGGACUGGCAACCAGGAAAAUGAGUGUGACGCCUUCCUCAGAGACUUCACACACAACACCUGCCUCAAGAAUGCCAUCCAGGCGUUUGGCUAUGGUCCAGAGGGGAGUGUACUUCCUGUUAUAGAGUCUUUGGCCACGCCCUUUCCUCCCAUACAGCCACCACUCAACUCUAAGCCUGCCCCCUCGCUCCAUGCCAAUGAAAUCAAGCCUCAGGACAGCACCUGUGUCUUCUCAACCUGCGCCAACCUUAAGGAUGGAGAACAAAAGUGCAUUCCCUCCAAUGACUUUGAGUGUGAAGAGGCGUUAUUGGCACAGGGUUCUAAGGGAGAAGAGGGUAGAGCCCAGCACUCUGCAGCAGCCCCUGGAACCCUGAUUGUGAGAGAGUGUGUGAGUGUGUGCAUGUCCAUGUUGGGGCUUCUGCUCCAGGCUCUGUAGUACACAUGUACACUCCUGACUGCUGACCUCGAAACCCUGUCCUCGGGGUCAGACAGGAAGCCCAAACGCCACCCGCAGGAAGUUAUGUGACAUCAUAUCCUCCACUACCAUGUCAAAACAACAACAUCGACAGAAAAACUGAGCGAAGAUGAAAGCAGAGUCGAAGAAAGGAGGAAAGGUAUUGGAGAGGAGAAGUGAUGAGAUGAGAUGAGGAGGAGACGAGAGAGAGGACAGAGAAGAGACUGGCACUCAUUCUACAGAGAGACAAAGAGAGGGAGAGAGAGAAGGAGACAGACACUGGAUGGAUGAUUCUACACAUGCCCUGUCCUAUCCUCCCACCCUGAACACUGUGGACUCUCAGGUCUGCAUUACCACCCUUUGUCUUGGUGUUUCUGAGUGUAUAGACACUUUGGCUGAGAUGGUAGUUCUGAUGUCUAACUGAUAGGGUGCAGAAUGAGUUGGCGAAGUGUGCUGCCAAAAGACGCACUUCCUAAAAAUCUGAUGGGACACUGCACCUCCAGAAAUUCAUCCUCAUAUGCAUUUUAAAAUAAACUGUAAACAGGGUGUGAAUUACGGUAUAGACGGGGGGGGGGGGGGGGGGGGCUCAGCUCACCUGAAUGAGACGUUAGCUCCCUUAAAUGCAACUAAAGUCAAACUUUGGGGGGUCGCUAAAUAAUGCUAAUUGAACUAUUCUCCUAUUUGUUUAAAAUGCAGUGGUAAAUAUGUUUUACAGUGGUAAAUAUGAGAAUAAAAGCUUACAAAUGAAACAAACACCCCUAUCUCUCUGUCAUGGUUUAAACCAUUUCUUUCUAUGUAGAGGCGCUGUCCACUUAGUACUGCUGAAUUUUGCCCUCAGCUGAGCUUCUUUACACAUAGAUUUUCCUUUGUACUUUGUUCCUUUUAUUCCAAUGCAUUAGAUUUAUUUGUUGAUUUAUCAUUGUUUGUUUUUGUCGGUCAGCUGUUUAGAGAGCUCAAUGCUUUGUUUUUCAGGUGCGUGUGGGUACUGGUGUUCUCCGUGCCACCCGUGGCCAGAAGUACCAGACCGUUUAUUUAGCUUUAUUAUUUUCUAUCAAUAUUUGUUUUCUUUCCUAGAUCAGCUGAUGAUGGUCAACAGUAUCACUAACCAACUAGCCUAUAGCUGGACACCAAUGUGCAUCCAGUCCAUCCAUCAAGUAUACAUUAAUGAAAGUAGGCCUUUAAGGUAACUUGUUUGGUUAGAAGCAUCUGAUUAUGGCAUAGGUCUACAUCAUUUUGGAUUUAUGUGCCCAUGGCAACUGUUUUCACAUCAUAAAAUGUCAUGUUGGCAUAGUUACACUUACAGUACAUCUACAGAAAUCUCCAAGAUCCAGGAUUCGUACAAGGUUUAAGUUCAAUGUUCUAAUUCAGUUGUUAAAUACUUAUUUAUAACAAAUAAUGUAAUUCAUGUAAGGGACUAAAGGUAGUGUUUUAUGUCACACGAUCUGUGAAGACUCCAAGCAUUAACUCAUGAGUUAUGGACAGCUCAUGAACUAGGAUGUAAAACAUGUUUUGAUUCAACUCAUGUAUUAUAUUGAAUGUAGGCUACCUUUUCUGCGUGUGUGUUCAUGUGUGUAAAAUUGCCUCGGCUGAGAGGGUAGGCUACCGGCAGUGGUGUAGGCCUAGCGGUGGGUAAAUGCAAGCAAACACCGUUUACCCACCUUUUUCUGAAAAAUGCAUUGAAAGUAGUCUAUAGGGAGCGUUUUCACAGCGACCGGCAAUAGACUACUGGUAGGCCUAUUAGAAGUUCAUGAUAAAACACAUUGUGGCCUAGUAAGUUGACACUGUGUGUUAGGGUAACCAUCCUGUUUUCCUAGGACAGAUACAGACGCAUUUCAGGUGUCCCGACUUUUCAGGCUACAAAAAAAUGUCAAUUUGUCAGCGAGACGCAUCAAUUAAUGCAGGCCUAAUCAAUGGCAACCUCUGAAUGUCAUUAGACACACUGUUUGGUGUUUUGUAACAAAUGUCUAUUUCCAUUCAUCAAAUGACGUGAGUAUACAUGCAGCUUGAAUUCUGGAAUUAUUUUGGAGUAUACCAACAUGCACAGGUAGCCUACUUUUUGAAGUGAUUUGUUUGGCAAUCAGAUGAAAAUAUCAUGACUGGUUGUGUUCAUGCCACAUUAAAAGGUCAUUCAUUUCUACCAUUUAAAUGUCAUCUUCAUUAUUAGGCCCAUACAUUUUUUUCAAUAUAGACCCCCCCUGAAUGUCAUGGGGUAAUUCGCACUCUGACUUUACACCUCAAGUGUCAAGAAUUGGACAGGGAAACAAUCGAGGAGAGGACUAUUCUGCUAGGGCCUCUGACUCUACUUUCAUUAGAUGGACACUACUGGAAUUGGACUAGACUGCACAGACUCUAAUGUGAUUGGAGCAAAAAGUCCAGAUAGGAGGGACUGUUCCUCUGUCUCUGACCUCAGUAACCUUCACAUCUCAGACACACACACACACACACACACACACACACACACACACACACACACACACACACACACACACACACACACACACACACACACACACACACACACACACACACACACACACACACACACACACACACAAAAACAACUCCUAAAGACACCUUGCAGACUUUCUCCCUCAACCUCUUUAGUCCUCACUGCCUGGCAGAUGGUUAAUACACACACGUGCGCACACACACACACAUAUUCCACCCUCACGUACAAACACACACACACACAUAUUCCACCCUCACGUACAAACACACACACACACAUAUUCCACCCUCACGUACAAACACACACACACAUAUUCCACCCUCACGUACAAACACACACACACAUAUUCCACCCUCACGUGCAAACACAAACACACACACACAUAUUCCACCCUCACGUGCAAACACAAACACACACACACAUAUUCCACCCUCACGUGCAAACACAAACACACACACACAUAUUCCACCCUCACGUGCAAACACAAACACACACACACAUAUUCCACCCUCACGUGCAAACACAAACACACACACACAUAUUCCACCCUCACGUGGAAACACAAACACACACACACAUAUUCCACCCUCACGUGCAAACACAAACACACACACACACAUAUUCCACCCUCACGUGCAAACACAAACACACACACACAUAUUCCACCCUCACGUGCAAACACAAACACACACACACAUAUUCCACCCUCACGUGCAAACACAAACACACACACACAUAUUCCACCCUCACGUGCAAACACAAACACACACAAACAUACAGAAACACGUCAAGGACACUUUGCAGACUUCUGCAGACACUAUUGUAAGUUGAAGUGGUUUUCUAUCUCAGUUGUGUUGUUUAAACUGGAAAAAGAAAAUAGAGUCAUGUAAAAAUAUGAUUAAAAAAGUAAGUCUCACUACACAGCUGUGUGCAGCAGUUUGAGUGUAUAAAUCUGUAUUAUAUAUUUGUGUGUGUGUGUGUGUGUGUAUUAUAAUUGUGUGCAUUAUACCUCUGAAACUCUGUGGAGUAUUUUUAUAUGUUGGAGUGUGAGGCUAGUGGAGAUCCAGAACACGGACAGAGGCGUGACACACACUUGUUCUCCAGGGAAUGUGUGUAAAUCAUCUGUUGCCAUGGAUACUGGUGGUGCCAACACUCAUCUCUGUCAGGUCUUACUGUACUUGUCAUCUUUUCUUUUCCUGCUGUGAGAGAGAGAAAAAUAGAGAGAGUGAGAAGAAGAGGGGGAAAGAGAAAAUGAGAGAAAAGCAAGAGGAGAAAGGAGAGGAGGGGAGGAUUAUAAGGUGCAGGUUUCUAUGUACGCUUUUACUGAGCUACAGCAGCGUAAAUGAAAUAUGUGUCUAAAGACCUGAAUAAAAACAUCUGUAACAAUA